AUGAUUCCCCCACGGCGGGCCAUUCCGCUUCUUGGCCUGGCCUUCUUCGUUUUCUUCCUAUAUGCGGUCACCGGCCUCUCGAGACAAUGGCGCCGGAGGCCGCAGGGUAUUGUUCCCCUAAGCGGGCUGGGGGCCGCUACCACGCCCAUCUCCUAUGGACGCUGGAAUAUUAGUCGACCGGAUGAGCGCCCGUCCAGAAAGCCUUACGCCCCCCGACCGCAUUAUGUCCCUGGCAUACCCAAGGCACCGGGGUCGACGUAUACAAAAAUGCUUGUGGUCCCCCGAACGUCCGAGGAAGACACAACGUGGAUUGAACUUGCACUGCCCAAUUGGCAGUCAGCCGUUUAUGAGGUCGAUAACCCUUCGGCGUCUCUGCAUCCCCCGAAAAAUAAAGGACAUGAGGUCAUGGUUUAUCUCACUUUUAUUAUCGAUCACUACAACAAACUCCCGGACCUCGUGGCUUUCAUGCACUCGCAUCAGUUUGCGUGGCAUAACGAUGAAAUCUUCGCGGGAAAUGCGGUCGAAAUCCUGGACCGACUGAACCCUGCGCGGGUAAUCCGAGAAGGGUAUAUGAAUCUGCGUUGCACUUGGGCUCCGGGCUGCCCCGACUGGUUGCACCCUGGAACGGUGGAGGAAAAUGAAUCCAAGCAGGAAGAGACGAUGUUGGCGAAGUCAUGGGGGGAGAUCUUCCCCGACGACCCUAUCCCCAAUGUGCUAGCGCAGCCCUGCUGCGCCCAGUUUGCGGUCUCGCGCGAGCGGAUUCUGUCCGUCCCUAAAGCGCGCUUUGUUUACUAUAGGGACUGGCUCCUUCGGACGGAGCUGAGCGACUACAUUUCGGGCCGUGUUUGGGAAUACCUGUGGCAUGUCGUAUUCACGGGCGACAAUGUGGUAUGUCCCAAGGAGAAUGUCUGCUAUUGUGACGGAUACGGAGUUUGCUUUGGCGGCGAAGCAGAGUAUGAUGAAUUCCGCAAGAUCGGUCGCCAGAAACAGGAGCUGGAGGAAGAGCUAAAUCGAUGGUAUGGACAAGCAGAAGUCAUCGAAGUUGCUCGGCUACGGGGAAAUCUGGGGGAGACCAGCGACCUUGCAGUUCCUGAACCUGGAUUGGAUCUCUCUCUCCAGGAGCAGAUAUACGAAAAACAGCUACUGCAGGACGAAAUACUGGCCAAUGCCACCAUACGUGGCGAAGAUCCACGAGCUAGAGCCUCCGAGGCUGGGAGACCGUGGAAGGAGGGCGAUGGUUUCUAG